ACAGUGGGCUUGUGACGGGAUUGGAUUCGAUUCGAUUCAGGAACGUCGUUUCUCUCCCCUACAGUUUUCUAGAUAUUCGUCCACCGACUUCAGAGAGCUCUGUAUUGACUUCUCCGCAAAAGGCCGAAAUACAAAGAUAAGCACGGCUCUGAUUUUCCACUCUCUCUGUAAUCCCUCUCUCUUUCUUCCAAAAAAGAAAGAAAGAAAAUAUCUGUAUUAUUGUUUGUACUUUUGAAGGACAAUUGUCUCUCUCUCUCUCUCUCUCUCCCUCUCUGUGUAUCGUUGCCUUGGAUGCUUACAUCCGCUGUAUUAUUGAGGAAAAGGUCGGUGCUUUAUUGGCGUCCGUGCCUGCCUUUUCAUUAAUUGUUCCUGGGGUUUGAAUUUUGAUUUCUUUCGGUUAAUUUGUGUAUUUUAGAAGGGUUUGGCUUCUGGGUUUUUGAGAACAACUCUGUUUUAGCUCGCCUAGCAGUUGAGUGUUGGGGCUCAAGGCGCAGUGUCAAAGUUUGCGUCUUGUUUGAGAGUCUCAAGGUUGUGUUUUAUGGGAUCUACCAGUCAAGAUUCAGCAGUCUUGACCUAGGGUUUUGUGAACUACUUAUUUUGAGCCUUCAAUUGAGCUUUUGCUCUGACCUCAACUCUUUGGUGUUGGCGAGAACUCUGGUUUUAGUUGACCUGAUUUCGUUGUUUCAAGGCCUGUUUUGUUUUUGCCCACCAUCCGUUUGUAAUGGAGUCUCACAAACCAGAGAUGCUGCCAAACUCUUCUGUUACCCCAAAUUCCGUGAAGCCAAAACCCAACUCCACAACCCAGAAUCCUGGUGAGCCAUCAGAAGAAUCUAGGGUUCAUGGCCAGGAAACAGCGGUGGUAAAGAAGCAGGGGUCUAUUGGGACUCUUGAGGUUUUCAUACAUCAAGCAAGGGACAUCCACAACAUAUGCAUAUACCACAAGCAAGAUGUGUAUGCCAAGAUUUGCUUGACUAGUAAUCCUGAGACAACGGUUUCAACCCAGAUCAUUAAUGGUGGAGGGAGGAAUCCAGUCUUCAAUGAGAGUCUCAAGCUCAAAGUCAAGACAAUUGGUUCAUCUCUGAAAUGUGAGAUAUGGAUGCUGAGCAGGGUGAGGAAUUAUCUUGAAGAUCAGUUGUUGGGCUUUGCUCUGGUGCCUCUUUCUGAUGUUGUCACCGAGGAUGGGAAGCUGGAGAAUGAAUUUUCCCUCUCCUCCAGUGAUCUUUUCCAUUCUCCUGCUGGUUUUGUCCAAUUGACCCUCUCCUACACUGGAGCUUCUCCGGAAGUCUUUGAAAUAUCUACACCCCGCUCUUCUGCCGCUGCAAACCCUGUUUCUGACCCUAAUGAACUUGAUAAGAUUGAGUUCCCCGAUCCAAAGAUUGUGAAUGAAAAUGAGUUGAUGGUUUCAGAGUAUUUUGGGAUUCCUCCUGCUGAUUAUGAGUCCACAAAUCCAGAAAGCCCGAGCUCAGUAGAGAACGGUGAGCACCUUAGUUCAGAAGAUACCACUGUUGAAAUGGCUGAGGACCUUCCAACGGGUGGUCUCGACGGUGCUGAAGUUUCAAAAACUGAAACUCCGCCUAGUAUCGUUUCAACUAGUGUCUCUCCUUUGGCAUCAGUUCCAGCAAGCCCACCAUCUGCAUCCAAUACCCCGGGAGCUUCUAAACAACUAAAGGAAGACAGUGUUUCGUCUCUUAAGGAGAAAAAGGAAGAUGCCAGCGAGGCUGAGAGCGGUUCCUCUGCAUUACCAGUUAUUAAUGUGAACAUUGAGCCCGAGCAGAAGGUUGUGCAGCAAGAGAUCGUCGAUAUGUACAUGAAAAGCAUGCAGCAGUUCACUGAAUCACUGGCAAAGAUGAAGCUCCCUCUGGACAUUGACAACGCGCCUGCUAAUUCAGGUGAUACGAAGUCGGAUGAGAAAGUACAGGCCCCAAAAAGCAAUGGCCGAAGCCCGAAAGUGUUUUAUGGGAGUAGAGCGUUCUUCUGAGCUGCCGUUUAAUUGGUUCAGCAGGCAAGUGGGUAACUUACAAUGUAUAAUCCCAGCUCUAGUUGUACUAGUGAGUCCAGUAAGUAGUGAAGUGACUAUGUAAGGUGAGCAAACUAGAUGACAAGUAAGCUUGCCUUGUGUGUGUUUCAAGCUUUGUUGUAUUGCAGCUGAUGCUAGUUCUUUAAUGUAAGCACUCUACCUUGUUUUCAGUGUUUCGAGUACAUUUCUUCCUUCAAUUGAAUGUAUUUGUGGAUUUAGGUUUCGAGCG